GUGUUUUCAAAAUCAGAAUCUAGUGAACCAAGAUUCACAUAAAGUUUACAUUCUGGACAAUAUUUAGCUAUAAUGCACUUUGUCACAGGCACACAAACAUCCUGUUGUGUGUGGGAGGUGACAAGGAGAAAAGAAAGGGAGAGAGGUGGCCUGCUCACCUGGCUUGAGUGGCUCUUUUGCUCCUGCGCUAUUAUUUGUGGAGGGGCGCUGAGGGCUUCGCUGCAGCAUCAAACAGUUCGUCACACAUUCGUGAAAAAAUGGCCACAUUAGCGGGGCCGUCAACCGUCAGUCACUUGGUCACCAAUGCUGAUGUUCCCAAAAAAGCAACUAGACUUUUUUUUUUCAUCUCAGUGGACACCUGUUGUUACAUAAGCUAUAAUUUUACAACACAAAUGUACUACCUGCUUAGCCUAAAAUAUUUAUUAUAUAUGUACACUUAAAUGAAUACUUGACCUGGCAUACACUAUAUUACCUUGUUUUUGGGUAUGCAGGUCUUUAGGAUUUGUGCCAUUGUCCACAAGUGUUAAAUCUCGGCGCUGUCAGUGAAUGCUUCGGCCCAGCUUCUCGGAGCCCCUCCCCUGCCACUUAUUGUGUGUGAUCUAUAGGCAGCUAGAGGUCUGUGGUACUUUUUUGGGAUCUUUUUUCUCUUUCUGUCUUUCCCCCCUUUUGAUCUUUUGCUCUUUCUCUCUAACAUUGUUUUUGCAUUGCAUGUGUUAACUUGGUAGCAUUCAGUACUUAUUUCCUCUCAAACAUUCUGUCCUAAUCACUACUACAGUUUUCCUCCCAGAAUCAUUCCUCCCACGUCUCCCCACCGUCCCUUUUCCAAAUCCUCAAACCACCCCCUCCUUCCUCCUCCCCUUACCUGACCCCGUCCCAGAGCGAUAUGCAGCGGGCAGCCUCAGAGCCACAGAAAACACAUAGAUGCUGCUGAUCUAAUACACACAUGUAGAAAGGCCACAUAAGUCAUUUCUCAGUAAAAAGUUUGUUUGUUUUUUUUAAACAUUUUUUUUAUCCAACUUAGUCAUCCGUAAUGAUCUCUAAUACAAUCACUGAGGCCCAUUAGGAGUUUGGGUACACAAAGUGAACUGGCUAAGUAUAAACAAAUUAACGCUAACUGAAUCUUGAACACACAAACUGUCAAUUCUGCUUUUGUGUUAUAGUCGGACCUUAUUUGACACGGCUGUUUUGUCCCUGUAAACUGGCUUCUAUCACCCAUUAAGGUGGAAAGAUGAACAACGAAAAGGUCAAACACCAACACUUUCUUUCAUUUUUAACAACAAAUGCAGGGUCUCCCUUUUAGCACUAGUCCUUUCUCGGUGAGCAACAGGGGUGAUGAGUUCAGGCUCAUUGCUGAGGCCCUCAAAGAAAAAAAACAAAAACAAUAUCCCGACUCCAAAAUAACUAUUUGGUCGACACUUUUUUUUUGCUGACUUCCUUCAACUUUAUCUCAAACUCAAAUGUGACAGCAAAUGUUACGGUCUCUACUUAACUUUGCUAGACUUCCAGUUGAUGAAUUAUGAGGUAAGUGUGUAUGUUAACUUACUAUACUUGCAACUUAUUAAUUGGACUCUGCUGUUUUUGUGAUAUUUUUUUUUUCUCCUCCCUCCAUCACGUAAAGCUAAUCAAAUCUUUAACCCCAUUAUAAUCACUUUGACACAUCUACACUAACCUCCGUUUACUGUUUAGUGGGAUCUUUCUGUUUAGUAGUUUUUACUCUUAACUAAAGCACUAAGACAGUUGUUUUCAUUUAGUCACACCCUCAAGUAGUCAAGACAGGCCAGGAAUUUACAGAGCACCAAACAUGUGGAGCUGGAAGAGUUAACGAAGAGCAACAAACAGCAGAGUUUUUCCACCAGCAGCACUCGCCAAAAGACAGUCAACAAGCGUCACGAGAGAGGAUGAUGACUAUCUCCAGCAGCCCACCUUUUUUUUUUUUGUUGUUGUAAAAUCCCUUAGGGUCUCAGUUUUCUUUUCAGAAUGUGCAAAAAAUCUCAGAUCUAUUGUGGAGAACAAUCAUUCGAAUAUUUUAUUACAAUAAUUUAAUUUAGUCACUUAUAUGGAUUAGUAGGCCUGUUCCCUGUUACAUCCUCUGGAGAGAUGAAAUGAUGAGUCGGCACGGACACGCAAACAUACCCAUAUUGCACACAUAUAAAUAACUGCAUAGACUCCUUGAUACUCUGAGGCCUCUAGGUGGGGGCCCCUGCAUAUCACUUCCCUUACCCAUAUCUUUUGCCAUGCACUGUGCCAAUGACAGCACAAUGCACACUUAAAAAAAAAAGAACCCCCUUCCCCCCCUCUUUUAGUAGAUCUCUUUUGUUUGGAUAACAUUUUCUAUUUUUCUUUCUCCUGUAUUAACAGUCAGUUGGUGGAUUUAUUGACAUGCCUACCUUUUUUCUGUUUUGUAUACAGUAUUAUGUUUGUUUAAAAAGCAGAGAGAGAGAUUUGCAUUUUUUAAAGAACUUAGAGAAAGCUAGCAGAAUUGCAGUUGAAAGCGUUUGGCCGGUUUCUUACGUUGUGUCACGUGUGACUGUUUUUUUGACAGCCCAGUAUUUUAAAGCCAGGUUCGUAUGGAAAUGCCUUCACUCCACUUGCACUGCUGUUGGACUCGCCGUCUUUGCUUUCAUCCGUCUGUCUGUCUAUUCUUUUGGUGCACUCAUCUGUUGUUAACACGCAGUCUGCACCUCAUCUCCGCCCUCUAACCUUUGCUGAGCCCAUUUUGAACUAAUCUUUUAUUAGCGUCAGCAGUUGCGACUGGUGCCUCAUCCAACCUGCCCUUCCUGUGUUUUUUUUUUUGUUGUUUUUGUUUUUAUAUCUGAGAGAAAAUAUGGAGGAAAUAUGAGAAGAAACACACUUGAUUUAAGGUAUGUAGGCUUAUAUUUGUUAGAUUUCAUUGUCUAGUCCCCAGUGGGACUUCUGACUUUUAACAGGAAUUGUGUAGAGCCUGAGCAAGAGUCAACUAGCUUACAGUGCAUUUUGUUUUCCCUCUUGCUCCAAGCCUCAGUUAUAAGCUAAUCUCCCCCAAAUCAAUAUAAAUGUUCACGUGUAGUGUUGUUGCACCAUAAUACUGCAGUAAGGGACAGAAGCAUGCCCAGUGUCGGUGGGAGGGGAGGUGUUUCACUGCAGCAAAUUCUGCAGUGUUUCCCUGUCAGGGGACAUGUUGUCCACCAAGCAGGAGAAAAGACACACAGCCUCAAAUUCAGUGUCUAUCUUCGGACACGUCCAGGAACUGCCAGGCAGGAACACGUUAUACGCACUGAUGGCAUGUUAAUGUAGCCUUAAAUGUCCUACUUGUGAGUUGAUAUGAGCAAGCUGUCUCCAGUUCUCUUCCCAACGUGUGAGAGGCCCAGCAGAGAUUCCUGUCUUAUCUCAUCCCACAGCGGAAGGGAUCUGACAGUCACACAGAGCGAGAACAGCUCACACAUCUAUGAAAUGGAGGAGCCAAUAUCAAACUCUGACGGAAACAGGAAGUAGAGCAGUUUAGCCUCUCUCUUGGGUAUUGCAGGCAAACACCAGCAAGUUUGUUUUAUUCUAGUCAUGGUGGCUUUUAACUGCUUUUGCAAUUUAUUUUUUACUUCUUUUGGAAAUAAUCAAUAGGGGAGAAAAAGAAGGCAACAGUUUGCUCUGAAAUACCAACAGUGGCUGAGAAAAAGAUUAAGCCAAAUGUUAAGCCAAUUGAGACCUCGUGGGCGGAGAUGCAGUGUGUGCUGUGUGUGUGACUACCACUCCCCUUCACAUGCACUAACCCAUACAAGCCCAGCUCACCUCCACCACCCCUAGACACUCAUCCACACCAUGGCUCAGCCUGCUCUAUUCUGCCCCCUUGUCUUGACCUCCUCCUUUUUAAAAAAAAAAACAAAAACAAAAAACCCGAAUUGAGCCCUGUUGAGCCAUCACCUUCUUCUCUGUGCCUGAUCCACCUGACACUAACACAGUUGGAGUUGUGUUAACCCGCCCUCCUCCACCACCUCCCCCUCAGCCCGCCCCACCCCUCUGUAUGUGUACCAUUCACAGUGCGCUACUAACACCGACGACUCUUUUUGUUAAAGCUCUUUAACAAAAAGCUGCAUGCAGUUUUUUUCCUGUUUUUUUUCUCAACCUCUUCACCUUCUGUUUGUGAAAGUUGAUGUCAAUCUCUUUGUGAUUUUUUUUUUAUAAAUAUCCUUUUUUUUGUUUGGUUUGUAUGUUUUCUUUUUGAUAGAAUGCAGCACUCUGGUGAAUGUUAGACAAGCUUGGAAUAGUCAUAAUCACAAGAGAAAAAAAAAAUCACUGCUUAUUAAGAAAUCUCAUUGUUUCCUGUUUAUUUGUGCUUGAGGAUGUACUGUAGUGUGUAGUGGUGGGAUGGUCUUGCAUUUCACUUAAUGUUUUUUUGUUUUCUUGCUGACCCAUAAUAGUGAUAUUUCGGUCUCAGACAUGCACAUUUGGCCUCACAGUGUGUUAGGAAUUCCUGUUGUGCGUGUGUUCUCUCUCUCUCUCUCUCUCUCUCUCUCCCUCUAUCUCUCUCUAUCUCUCUCGAUAGAGCCUCUUUGGUUCACUAUCAUUUGCCUGAUCUUGUCCACGUUGUUUGUUGAACAGUGUUUGCAUAGUUUGGUCAUAGCAAUCAUCAGUAUUAAAAAGAAAAAAAAGCAGAGAAAUUAUACUUUAAAGUAGAUGGCCUCUCUGCAAUUGCACAAUUUUAGUCUGUGAAAACACUGUGAAAUUUUCUAAUAAAUACGUUUAUACUAGUUCAUCACUAUCUUGCAUUUUGGUAAAAGCCAUCUAGACUGUAAAGUAUAUUUUCUAGCUAAUUAAUACUAAUGAUAUCUAUGAGAAUUAUCAAAUUAGAGGCAUACUAACACAUGCAUUAUUUUUCUUUUUUUCUAUUAAUGGUUUAAAAUCAAAAGUGUGAACGUGGUUGGGACCAGAUCAGAGAUGCUAGAAGUGUCUCAAGAACACGCACAACAGCUAUUUCUAGUAUAUCUAAUGGGGCUACAUGCACACAAUGUCUCUCCUCUCUUCACCUGCACACCCACAUAUUCCCUCACACGUGCAUAUUCUGUCCACCCCUGGGCCUUGUAAUGGUAAUCCAAGGCCCACUAGUUCCACUUUCUGUCUCUUCCUCUCGCUAUAUAUAUAUUUUUUUUUAUUUUUUUAUGUGACAGCUGCAUAUGUUUCAUGGUGCCUCCCCUUGUCAUGGUUACGGAAUCACAGCAAGCUUGGAGUUUCUUGGUCUUCGUUUUUGUUUAAUGCAAGAUUUCCAUACCUGUUCUGUGUCACUUUUUUCUUUGUGUACUAAGAUCUUGCUCUGUAGCGGUUCAUAUAUGUAUGAGUGUGAUACAUAUAUUGCCCUCUCCUCCUUCCUCCUCCUCCUCCUCCUCUCAACUUCUCAGUUAGUAGAUGUGACUUGAUGUGUUAUCUUAGUCAUCUAAAAAAACAAAUUAUACAAAUAUAGAAAUGCUUAUUCCAAAUUUCUUUCUUUUAACUGCACUCCUACUUUAGGAGGGUAUCCUAUAGUUUACAGACUACACAUAGCCUCAUGUAUUCCUCAUAGUUGAAAAUAUACCCGUCCUCUCAGUCUCCAACCCUCUCCUCCCUCCCAAACCCCCCAAACCCCCCAAACUGCCCCCUUACCACUCCUUGUGCUGGAAGACACUGAUGUUACACGCUAUAGGUGAUGUGGAUGACAAUAAUGAUGAUGAUGGUGAUGGUGGUGGUGGUUGUGCUGAUGAUGAUAGUGUGAUCUGAGUGUUUUUGUUUUUAUUUUGUUUGUUUGUUUGUUUGUUUAUUUGUUUUGUUUGUUUGUUUGUUUGUUUGUUUUUUACCCAUGCCCACGGGGAAAAGCUCCUCUUAUUAUUGGAAUAUUUUUGGUUUUUUUCUCCUCUGUUCUCUCUGCUAGGAUAACAUUGGGCACCGGCUGCUUCAGAAACAUGGCUGGAAGUUGGGGCAAGGGCUUGGCAAAACCAUGCAGGGUAAGGUUUGUUGGAUCCCCUCUGUAUGUCAGUAUGUGUGUGUGUGGGUGUGUUUUCUUUCUCCCACUCGGCAGUUGACCUCAAUGUAACACCCCUUUUACAGUGUACUGUAGGCUAAUGGCCUCUGUCAGCUUCCUCCUCUUCGCUUCAUAAUCACUAAACCUUUAUUUCAAUCUGCUCAAGAGUAAGUGCUUCGAUUUGAACAAAGUACAAAAAUCCAUUUGAAAUCAAGGUAGAUUUUAGGAAGCCGUGAUUCCAUCACAUCCCUUAGAAUCAUCAUCUCCACGUAUUUUAGAUUUUUUUUCCUCUUUGAGUUUCCGUGGCUGCUGUCGGGUACCUGAUUGGCUGUAACCACGGCUCAGACUUUGAAUGGCUUGCAGAGUAGACAAGUUUUCCCCUCUGCUUGUUUGCCUGUUUCAACCUCCAAACCUGUGAAACUUGUGUAUAUGUGAGUGUGGUCAUUAUGUGGGACUGAGAUAAGUGUGUGUGUGUGUGUGCGUGUGUGUAUGUCUGUUACUUACCGGGCCAUAGAGUCAACUUACAGGGAAAACCUCACCACCCCUCUACACCCCCGAAUGUCUAUGUCCCCAUGGUUACACGCUCCCAUCCUCCCCCUCUUUCUUUGCCCCUCCUGCACAGCAUGUUUUGUCCCAGAGGUGCACUCCUGCCUGCCUCAAACUGUCACACUCACCUGGCUUUAAGCAGUGUUGGAGGUAAAUACACUGAAAGUGGUUUCACAUGAUGUGAGUGAAAUGUAACACUCGGGUCGGGUGCACAGUUCACAUUUUUAAGUGUACUUUGGUUAAAUUGCUGUUCCAUAAGCAAUGCAGAACCCACUCUAAGCACUGCUCAAAGCCUUGCUGGCUGUUUCCUCAGGUACAUUUUAUGUGUGUCAUGUGUUCACCGUUCCGGGGGUUAAGCACAUCCCAAAACGAGCUUUCUGGCUGUAGGCUAGUGAGGAAAUGAAAGAAUCUCAGGGAGACUUGCUAACUGGGCUGACAAGCGUCAGCGAGGCAAAAAGCUCAAAGGGGGAAAAUGGUGGUUGUCCCUAGAAGCAUCUAUCAUCUCAGUCUAAAUAUUUGACCAUAUGUUAAAAAAAAACAACAACAGAAAAAACACUGUAACAGACACUUCAAAAGUAGAUGUUACUUUUGAUUUAUGACCUUAAGCAGCUUUUUUUUAAGACGGCAAGCUUUUUUUUUUCUCUUGACCUAUCACAGUUGACCUUCAGACUCAGCAGUUUUUAACAUCAUUCCCUCACCCAGUACAGCUCCUCCAAAAAGUACUUAUGGGGUUUCAAAUUUCUUUCCUGCUCUGCUAAGGUGAAAGUGACAGAGCGCUGGGUUAUUAUUACUUACACAGGGAUACAGGACUUUUGGCAUACUUGGUUAGGGGUGGUAGUCUGGUACCCUUGGGGCAUAUCCUGGUUGAGAGAUUUUAAAGAUGAAUCCAGACUAGGAACCUGGGGACUGGGACGAGUGGUUGGGAGAGAGUGGUGAGAGGAAAUCCCUGUAAGCACCUAGCCCUGAGUGAAGGGAUGAGGGGGAUGGGGAGGGGCAGGGGUGGGAGGGUGACACACUGAAGCCCCUCUGGUAAUGAAACCCCCCCCCCACCCUAAAACCCCACAACCACACUCCCAACCCCAACCCCCCUUCUCUAUGUGCCUCAAUCUUCCUGCUUAACCAAUUGGUGUUUCUUUUUUACAGCGAUUUGAUCCUGCCCAUGUUGUGCUGAUGGUAAACUUAGUGGACGCACCGACCCUGUGCCCAUCAUCCUCAAAUAUGAUGUCAUGGGAAUGGGACGAAUGGAGAUGGAGCUUGAUUAUGCAGAAGAUGCCACAGAGAAGAGAAGAGUGCUUGAAGUGGAGAAGGAGGAUACAGAAGAACUGCGGCAAAAAUACAAGGACCAGGUGGAAAAGGAGAAAGCCAUCGCAAAGGCACUGGAAGACCUGAGAGCCAAUUUCUAUUGUGAGCUAUGUGACAAACAGUACACCAAACAUCAGGAGUUUGACAACCACAUAAACUCUUACGACCAUGCUCACAAGCAGAGGCUUAAGGAGCUCAAGCAGAGAGAGUUUGCUCGUAAUGUGUCAUCCCGUUCCCGGAAAGGUGGAAAGAAACAAGAAAAGAUGCUGCGCAGAUUGCAUGAGUUGGCUGAGCAGAGAAAACAGCAGGACUGUACUCCAGGAAGUGGGCCCAUGUUCAAAACUACCACAGUGGCUGUGGAUGGAGAGAAGACAGAAGACAGCGAUAACAUGACGCCUGAAAACCCUGCAUUGACGGACAGUGUCCUGGAAGCCUCACUGGCAGAUAAAACAGAGCAAGCCUCCCCAAAGCCUGGCCCAACUAUUAGCUUCUCUCUGGGGAAAAAUAACUCCUCCUCCUCUCCAACCUCUAGUGGCGCAUCCAAAGUCAGUGUGUCCUUCUCUUUUGCCAAAAAAGCGCCUGUAAAGCUGGAGACAGCAGCUGCAGUGUUUGCUGAUCAUGGCGAGGAAGCUAUGGAGGAAGAGGAGGGUCAGGAAGGAGAAAAGCCUGGAGGACAAGAGGAGACAUCUGUCUGUAGCACUGACAGCCCCAAAGGAGGAUCAGCUGAAGGUGAAGUAGGAGAGGGUAGUAGUGUGGCAGGGACAGAAGAGGUGCAACAGCCUGAUGAUGGAGCUUCUUUAGCCUCCACCCUCAACAAACUGAAGAUGAUGAUGAAAAAGGAGGAAGGCUAUGCGGGGCAGGAGCCUGAAUACUAUCACUAUAUACCUCCAGCACACUGCCGGGUAAAACCUCACUUCCAGUUUUUGCUGUUCAUGAGGGCAACUGAUCAGUGUCCGACUAAAGAAGAGGAAGAUGAGGAAGAAGCACAGGAGGAGAAAAAGGUUGAAGAGACUGCCGAACAGACGGAGUCCAGCGUUACAGAGUGUAAGACAGAAAAAGAACAAGAAAUAGUCACUUUGACCCCUGACCCAGAGCCAGCUCCUCCAUCACCUAAAGUGAAGACGGAGGAGGUCUCAACAUGCGCAGCAGACACGGCUUCCACUGAACCUACUUCUCCUACACAAAAAGGAGAGAGCACACAGGACACCCCAGAUCCCAACUUGGGCCCUAAAAUUCCCACAGGUCCCUUCUUCCCUGUUCUGAGCAAAGAUGAGAGCACCACCCUGCAGUGGCCCUCUGAACUCCUCGAAUUUACAAAAGCUCAGCCAUCCCUGUCUUACAGCUGUAAUCCCCUCUACUUUGACUUCAAGCUGUCCCGUAACAAAGGAGCACGUGGUGGAAAAUUAGUCAAGACCUCUAAGCCUUCUGAAGAGUCUGAUGACAAGGGACAAGAAAUAGCUGCUUCAACAACUAAAGUAGAUACAACUACUAAACCUGGGACCAGCACUGAUAAGGACAAACCAGCGACAAAGGGGGAGUCCGGCCAAUCCGAAGGCGAUGAGCAAAAACUUGCAACUGGCAGCAGCAGUGCCAAGAAAAAAAAGAAAAAGAAGAAGCAUAAGAAGUCUUCGAAGCACUCAAAACGCAAAGGAAAAGAAAAAGGUGCAGGAGAAGAUGCAGAAGGAGAGUCUGAGUUAACGCAAGACAAGCCCAAAAAAAAGAAAAAACACAAACGGAAGAAGAGCAAAAACAAGGCUCCAGAUCAAGAUGAGGCAACCGGUGGUGACAAAGAGAAAGCGAAACCAAAGUCAGAAGAUAAAACUGUUGCCUCUUCUGUUCAGCUGACACCUGGAGUGGGAGGAACUGCCGGAAAUACAGGAGUAGAAAUGGGGAAGAGGAAACGUGCUACUAAGGAAGUGCCUUCAAAGUCUGGAGUAGAGGAAGGAGGCACGGGAAAAGGCACGGAUAAAGCCAACUCCUCAGAGGAGCACAGUGGCACCAAGCGACAAAAGACUGACUCCAGUGCACCUCAAAGUGCCUCCUGCUCCACCUCAGCCCAAAAGAGUCCUGGUCCUGGAAGACCUCCUAGCAGUGAUAGUGAAGAAGAAGGGGGCUCUACUACACAGCGCUCACGUCAUCACAGGUCAAGUCCUCGGGAGCAGCGCCGCCACCAUAGUGAGGAAUCAAGGCGGUCCUGCAGCCGCUCAUCAAGACGAGGGGAAAGACGGGGUAGCAGUCGUCGUCGGCACCAUCGUAGUAAAACCUCACGAAGUCACUCUUACUCCAGCAGCUCUGAGCGCUCCUCAGCAGGCAGCAGUGCAUACAGUCGCCACAGCUACUCAGAUAGCUACAGCGACUACAGCACAGAGGGUCGCAGACGGAGGCACUCCAAACGCUCGUCAGACUCAGAGUAUGACCGGAGGGGUAGCCGAGGGCGGAGACGAUCCAGGAGACAUCAGUACUCCUCUUCUUCCUCAGAAGACUCCCGUUCACGUUCACGCAGCUACAGCCGCAGGAAGAGGCACCGACGGCACCACCGAAGCAGUUCAAGAAGCUCAAGUAGCUGGAGCCGCAGCACCAGCGCAAGAUCAUGGAGGCGCAGCUACAGUCGUAGCCACAGCUCUGCCAGCCGCUCCUCUAGCUCCACCAAAGGUUCCCCUCACCGACGAGGCGCCAGGAGUCGAGCGGACAGUGACUCACACCGCAGAGACUUCAACCGCUCUCGCAUCUAUCGCUCACAGUCUCCACGUUCAUCACGAUGCCUUAAUCGUAACACCCAUUCAUCCAGCUCGCAGGGUCUGAGGGCAGGGGGGUCCCGAGAUGCAGGGGAACAGAAAAACACCCUUACUGCACGCCAGCUGCUGGAGAAGGUUCAGUCUAAAAAAAGCUCUGAUGAUUCUACCACAGGAACAAAAUCUGGGAUUAAAAUUAAGGAUCCACCACAGGGAUACUUUGGUCCUAAACUACCCCCAACCCUGGGAAACAAAGCCCUGCUGCCCCUCUUUGGUAAGCUACAGGCAGGAAAGAAGCUACCAGUGAUUCCCCUAACCAGACCUGAUGAGGGUGAGAAAUCAGGAGCAGGGAAGGGCUCUGAGGCUGAGGCAGAGGUCAUUCUGGUGGAGCCAAUAAGGGAGUUCCCUCCUCCACCACCACCUCCAGCUCCACCAGUCCAAAAAGUUGAGGAGACCCCACAGAGUACAGUUGUUCAAGAGGAGACACAGCACCCUGCUACAGAAACCCCAGUGCACCCAGAACCCCGGCCAUUGUUUGAACAGGAGCCCUCCAUGUUGAUGCAGCAGUAUCAGGGAGAAUCAGGACAGGAUCCUUCUCAGAACCCCAUGAUGGAAUCCCUCAUGCCAGAAAUGCAGCAGCAGCCUCAAAUGCAUGCCUAUCCUGGUUACCCACCACCCAACUUAGAGGAAGAUGGCAUGGAGGCAGAGGAGGAUGGAUUGGCUCCUUUGGAGAGUCAGCCCAUUACAUUCACACCAGAGGAGAUGGAGAAGUACAGCAAGCUGCAACAGGCUGCACAGCAGCACAUCCAGCAGCAGCUUUUGGCCAAGCAGGUCAAGACAUUUCCCUCCGCUGCUGCAGCAGCAGCUGCCGCUGCAGCCGCUGCCAACAUGGCCCCAGCUCCCCCUCCCCCAGCCCUGCAACAGAUCCAUAUUCAGCAGCCCACGGUGUCCGUAAACUCUGGCACGUCAAUCACCACAGUGCAACACGCCCUUCUGCAGCACCAUGCUGCCACUGCUGCAGCAAUGGGCAUCCACCCUGCUGCACAUCCACACCACCCACACCCUGCCCAUGCACAGUUGGCCCAGGUACACCACAUUCCCCAACACCACCUUACCCCCAUCUCCCUUUCUCCUUUAGGCCACUCCCUUGGUCAUUCUCUGGGACACUCACUGGGACAUGCUGGGCUGAUUCCUGCCCACCACACAGCCUUCCUCUCUGGUCAGCCUAUUCAUAUAAUCCCAGCAUCUGCACUUCACCACACACCCUUAGCUCUUCACCAUGUCCCACAUACAGCCCUCUACCCCACUCUUUUCACACCCCGUCACUCACAGGCUGCUGCAGCAGCAGCUCUCCAGCUCCACCCUCUUCUACACCCAAUCUUCUCAGGGCAGGACCUCCAGCACCCACCUAACCAUGGCUCUUGAGUAAUGACGCAAGCGAAGGAGUAAAUUCACAGUACCAAACCACUGGAGGAAAGACUUAACCUGAACUGGCUUGAUUCAGGGUUUUAGAUGAAGUCUUUGGAACAACAUGCAGGCGGUGUGACAGGUCAACACACCACCAUAUUACUCCACAGUGCAGCAAGUUGUAACCACAAAGUGGUGCUGCCUGUGUUGGGUUCAAAAUUGACACUAGCAUUUUCUUCUGGCUCAUGUGAGGGGUUUUCUUUCAUGUUUUGCCCUGAAUUUUUAAGGCAGGGUGUAGAUUUAAAGACACUGGGUUAUGGUCUAUCUUGGUGUAUAAUAACAGCAUCCAUUUUUUUUCUGAAUGACAAGUCAGAGAAACCACUGGAGUUUUUUGUUUUCCAUAUAAAAAUAUAAUUUUCAGUUUCUGCUCAUUUUGGCAGCCAAAAGGAGAUGUAAUGGCUGAAGCUAUAGGCAGAAUCAUGUUAGGAAAGGAGGAAGAGGAGUUGGAGGAAGGUAUUGUUCUAGAGACAAACAUUCUACGCUUCUGUAAUGUAACCUUCAGAGACAAACUAUUUCAUAAUUACUGAUACUCUGUUUAUAUUCUCAUAUGACUACUUGCUCUCUUGGAUCCUUGGUCUCAAUAAUUUGUAAUGCAGUAACGUGUACAUAUAUCAGUGUGUAAUGUGAAGAAUCCCACCAAUGAUGACCAUAUUAAAAUUACAGCUAUGGUGUCCAAAUCGGUAUGACGUUGUCACAUAAGGACCCCCUUUCUUAAGAGAGGGGAAAUGUGAUGUAGGGGUUUUAACAUCCCUAAAGCUCUGAGGCAAAGCUCAUGUUCCCUGUGCUGAGGGUACACCUGAAUGAAUUGCACUGAAAUCUCUACAUCAAGAUGGUGCUUUUUGCAUCAUGUAACAAUAAGAUUGUAGUAUACUCCAAUAAUUGUAUUUUUAUGUUUUUAAAUUAUUUUCCAAAAUGCUCUUCAGGAGAAGGGCUGUGUUUUGCUUUUGUGUAAUUUUGUAAAUAAAACUGCUGUAGAUGAACCAAUUAACAUUCUAGAGGUUUUAGACUGCUAUUGAUAAAGCAGGAUGACAAGGUCAAUUGAAGGUGGAAACUUGUAUGUAUUUUAGGGAGGUUGUUUCUAAUUUCCCCCUGCUGAGACAGGCUGGGAUGGUAAAGGAUGUGAUCUGUCAAACAGUAGCAACUCUGUAUUUUUUGAAAACUUACUCUGUUUCGGCCAAUAAAAUCUUGAGUUCA